GGGUAGAUAGGCGCAGGAGACCACAGGCAUCUUCAGUUCACAAAAGUUCGGCGACAGAGACGAAGAGGAACACGUUGUUGUGGUAGGAGAAGGAGAAGCAGGAGUGGCGGCGGCUCGAGGGGCUUCGUACUGUACGAACCCAGCGGGAAAUGGAGUCGACCGAGUCGUACGCGGCGGAUUUUCCGGAGGAGCUGACGAAGAGAUCUCAGGAGGAGCAGAAUCCGUCGGAAGCAGAGUCUGCUGAGAAGCAGACGCACAUUCGCUUUCUUGUAUCCAAUGCGGCAGCUGGUUCUGUAAUAGGGAAAGGUGGCUCGACGAUCACUGAUUUCCAUGCGAAGUCGGGGGCUCGAAUCCAGCUCUCACGCAACCAAGAAUUCUUCCCAGGAACUACUGAUAGAAUCAUUAUGAUAUCUGGAACAAUUAACGAAGUUGUCAUCGCUUUGGAACUUAUUCUCGAUAAAUUGAAUAGUGAGCUUCAUUCUGAAGACGGUAGUGAUGCUGAGCCUAGGAGGAGAAUAAGGCUUGUGGUUCCAAACAGUUCAUGUGGAAGCAUAAUUGGAAAGGGAGGGGCUACCAUCAAGUCCUUUAUCGAAGACUCCAAAGCUGGUAUUAAGAUAUCACCUCUGGAUAAUACCUACUAUGGGUUGAGCGACAGGGUUGUGACAUUAAAUGGAACUCUAGAGGAGCAGAUGCGAGCCAUUGAUUUGAUUUUGGCUAAGCUUACUGAAGAUGCACAUUACUCUCAGAAUGUGCAUUCCCCAUAUUCAUAUGCAGCAGGAUACAACUCGAUGAAUUAUGCGCCCAACGGUUCUGGAGGCAAAUCACAAAAUUACAAGGAAGAUUCCAGCAACUCGGUGACCAUUGGUGUUUCAGAUGAGCAUAUAGGCUUGGUCCUUGGACGUGGAGGAAGAAACAUCAUGGAAAUCACUCAGAUGACUGGUGCCAGAAUAAAAGUAUCAGAUCGAGGCGAUUUCAUUUCUGGGACAAUGGAAAGGAAGGUGACGAUCACGGGGUCGGAAAAAGCGGUUCAUCAGGCCGAGGCCAUGAUCAAACAGAAGGCCGCCUCGGCCGAGGAGAGGGCCUUGGAGUAAACAUCCCAUUGUAUCGGCUCUUACGCACAACUCAUCGGUCGUCUGUUGUAACAUUAUUUGAAGUAGACAAAGGCAUUUCAUUUAUUCAUAUUUAAAUUAGUUUAUUCAUCACAGGAGGAUUUUGCCAAGCAUGGAUUCGGUUCUUUCGCUUGUUUAGGCUUUUUGUUCCCAUUUGGGUAUUGAUUUA